CAUUACAUAAAUGUUUAUGUAAAUAGGUAACCUCUGUUGCCUAUGAUCAGCUCCAGAUUGACAUGAAAGGUCUCACAGAUGGACAUAGAUUUUCCUUAUCAGUCAGCUGAUAAAACACUUGAAUAUGGGCUUUGUCUGACUUGAGCUCUGACAGUUAGCUUUAGAUAUUCAAUAGUUUAUGAGAGAAUUACAAGUAUUAUCGUCAAGUUGUGCUGCAUUUGCAUAUGCAUCACUGCAAUUUUUAUUAUACUCCAUAAUACAUACCUAUAUGACACCAGAGGAUGCUGGCAGGGGUAGGCGUGAAGGCAGUAGCUGCGGUGAGCCUGUCAGCUGGUAGUUAUCUCACAGGCACACUACCAUCAUGUCUGGGACUGGGCAGGAGCUGCAAACAUUCUCUGUCCUUAUCUCUCACACUGUGCUUUGGUGGUGGUGUGCUCCUGGCCACGUCUGUGGUGCACGUGCUCACAGAUGCAAGGCUCAUCUUGCCAAAGUGGGCCGACUUGAUAUUUUGCUUUGGGUUCAUGAUGCUUUACAUGAUCGAUGAAUUAAUCAAACUGUGUGAAAAUUGGAACAAGAAAGUCAACUGCCAUCUCGAAGGUAUGAGACACUCAAGCUUUCUCAUUUAAAAAUUAUAGGCUAUAGUAGCCAAUGGAUAUUUUU